GCCUGCGCGUGAGUUGUUUUAUUGCAAUACUUUACAACUAGUUUCAAAGACGCGCAGUGGAAAAAAGUGGUUGAACAAAAAGUGUACAGACUACUUUUAGUAACGUAAAGAUGUUCAUAAACAGUGAAAAGAGACUUUUAACUUGAGUGAUUAAAUGUGAAUUUUAACUUUUUGAAACUAAAAUGUAAGUUAGCUCAAACGAAAAGUUUUACAAGUGGACUUAAAAGUUGUAUAUAAACUUUUGAUGUUAGCAGUGAGACUAUCAAUGAUUAAGAUACUUAGAAAACAAGUGAUAAGUACAGUUAUUUGAACUAUGUGAUUGAAGAAUUAACUAUGUAUUUUGUCAUUUUAAUUUUGCUAGUGUCUACUUCUGCGAGUGAUUUUUCACAAAAUUUUAAUUAUGAGCCACGUCAAGAAAGAUUUGAACGGCCAUUUAUCAAUCCGCCUGCACAACCUAAUUAUAGAAGUAGACAUGAAAGUGUUCAAUAUAAUGGACAAAAUGCUCACGUGAAUUUAAACCAACAUGAACAACUUCAUAGUGACAGUAAUGUCAGGAGAUGGAAUGGAAAUCCGAAUGAAGGUAAUAUUCAAGAGAAUUUUAAUAGCCAAAGGCAAUUUCAUGAAACAAAUAAUAGAGAAAUAUUUUCUAGUGACAGAAAUGAGAGAAAUAGGAACGAAAAUCCAAAUCAAGGUAUACCUUAUGGGCAAUUUGAACCAAAUAACAGAGCAUUUAGUUCUAAUGGUAGAAAUGAGAGAAGAUUCCAAGAGGGGAACCCAGGGAACUCUCAUGUAAAUUCAAAUGACCGUGAACCAUUUAAUACGCAAAACAAUAGAGGUAUAAGUGAUAAUGACUCUAGUAAUAUAAAUUACAAUAGUCAAGGACGCUCACAUGAUAACACAGGAAGCGUGGAUAUCAACAUGGCUUUUGAUGGACGGGGCAAUCAAAAUAGACGUGAACAAAGCAAUUUAAACAUACCACGUCAAAGUUUUAACAUCAACAAUGAAUACUCUAACAGAGAUGUCGCUAAUAAUAGAAGUAGCAGUAGGGAUAGUAAUAGAGAUGAAAAAUACAAUCAGAACGUUUUGAAUGCGCGUAGGCAACAAGAUGAAAUCACAAUGGAUGAUUAUAACAAAGUCACACAGAAUAACCACAGACAUUCGAACAACCAAAGCAACAACGGUAUAGUUCCGUUUAUAAAUAAUCUAAGUAACAAUACAAAUCAAAUCAGAAAUCAGAGUGCAAAUAAAAAUCACAGGAAUUCCGGAUUCAGACAAACCGAUCAAAGAACGAAAACUGUAAUAGAAAACGAAGUUACAGAGAUACCUUUGAGUAGCGAGGACAAAGCAAACAGGACUAUGAAUAAAGAUGAGUGGGUGUGGGGUAUAGAGGAAACUACUACGAUGGCCCCAGUGACUUUGGACGACAGGGCAGCGUUCAGCGGGGACCACUGUGCGACUGGGUAUGUGAGGUUUAAGGGAACGUGUGUACCUGAAGAUUAGAUAGAGAACUAUGUUUGUUUUGGCCAUUUGGCUUAUGUAACUAACUGUCACUUUUAUUAUCAAGUUGUCACAUUGACAAGUGACCAUUUGAGUGAUGUAAACAUGGGACCUUUCUGUACCCAAUUUAAGAACACAAAUAUCUACAAUAUUAUUAGAUGGUUUGUUUUUUGUUUGCACCAACUUUUGGUGUUUCUGUUUGGCGCUAUGACUGGAAAAGAACGCCAUUUGUAAAUAAAUGUAACACAUAUCUUUGUGAAAUAAAGUUAAAAAAAUAUAAAAUAGAUAAGAUAAUUAUUGGUCCAGUCCAAAACUACGUCAGAACAGGUAUUUAACUUCAUAUUUUGGUAAACAGAUGAGUAAAGUUUUGUUUUUCUGCAUAUGUACGACCUAUGUGGUUCCUAUAUUACCGCGACCCCUCAUUAAAUAUUUUAACUAAUUUAAAAUUUACAUAGUUCAUAGAUUACAAAUGAAUCAUGUCAUGCACCAUGUGGUACUAUAAAAUCAAUAAAAGAUCAAUAAGGUGAUACUAAAUAUACACAUUGUUAAAAAAGUAUUCUAUGUAAGCUGCAUACGGUUAAGAGCGGCUGCGAGAUAAGUGUGCUGUAUGCUGUAUCCUACACAUUGGGACCUCUAAGACCUCUUACUUAUUGAUUUGUGUUUAUUAGGAGUUCACCUGUACCUAAUACGAGCUCGCAACAAGCAGUAAUCAAUGUGUAAACAGGCCCAUGUGAAGGCCAGCCACACUUAUCCGUAUUAACCUAUUCUAUAUUUUAUAAGUAUACACGGUGUAACAUGAGGAAACCGAAUAAUUUUAACCACGCAUUUCUGAGGUCAAAAUAAGUAAAAAAUUUAAUAUGAGUUUAGGUCAAUUUCGCCAACAAAAAUUUUUUUUUUGUUUUGUUUUUUAAAUUUUCUGAAUGUAUUUGUACAUAAAAAAAUAAUGUUAUUGGUAAACUUGUCACUUAAAAUAGAUUUUUAAAUUUUUUUUCGUAGUACCUACUUUUUGCAAAGUAUUACUUGUCACUUUUUGACAUCUAUCAAUAAGGAUAUUUAGACUCGUCCCAUAGCAGCAACAUCACCAUCAAAAAGGCCUUUUACACUAUGUAACAAUAAAAACUUAUUUUAUUUUAAAUUAAUUAUAUCUCUGGAACUAGGCGAAUAUCAAAAAAGUUUAUAGGACAUUUUUGUCUCUAAAUAUGAUCAGGAAUACGCUGUUAAAAUAUUUCGGUUUACUCAUGUUACACCGUGUA